AUGAGAGUCACUCGGUGCGGCCCAGGGCCGGUAUAAAUCGUGACCCUGGGCCACUUGCUACCAUUGAUCGCGGGAUGUAGUAAAUGUAAACCAGUUUCCACUCCCUCAAUUGUCUUGUGGUCGCACAGCUCCUCCGAUCUGCGAUUCAGCUCCUGUAUUCUACCGCCUCCCGAUCGAUACGAACACCGUCGGGGCCAUCACAUCAAAUCCUUGUACAACGAAAUUACCGCCAUGGGUGCCGUUGGAGCCGCAAUCAAGUUCAUCGCCAUACCCAUCGUCCUGGUUGUUCUCGCCGCGUUCCUCAUCAUAUUCUUUCGUACCAGAAAGCGUCGAGCCAAGGACAUUGAACAGGCCGAGACGUUUACAGAAUACCGGCUUCCGCAACCACCUCCACCUACAUACAAUGGUCCCUCUAUUCAGCAGCCCGCCGGUCCAAUGAACCAUCCCUGAUCUUGAUGGUAGCACGACGGUACUUCUAUCGAGGUGCGGUUCUUUUUUUUUGGGGGGGGGGGUCGCGUCGUACGACAUACCUUUUUGGGAUUUAACGAGGUUGGCGUAAGGUUCAAGUUGGUCAAUUCACUUGGGACCAGAAGCAGAAGGAAUCUGUGACGACUGUGUUUUGCUACUUGGUCAAUGUCUGGUGACAGGCUACUUGCUGCGGGCACCGAAGGUCACUAUGGUUAAACGCUUGCGCAUUCCUUUUGGGACUCAUGGCUAGGCAACUCGAUUCAAUACUAUGAUAAGAAGCCUUGUAGCUGCGUGUUCGACGUUGCACGAAUAUAUUGGCGCCCGUCUCUGCUUUUGGUAAAUCACUGACGUCCUACGACAUCUCUAGUCUGGGCUUGUACCAGUGGAUUUCACGUUACUGUGGCUG